AGGGCAGCGAGAGGGAGCAUCAGAGAGGGGCUUUUUUCGAAUGUUCAGUCUCGUCCAACAUCCAAACACACAAUUUCAGCUCGAAGGAUCAAAGCACAAACAUUCCAUCAACCACAGCCAACAAACUUGAAAGAAACUAAAGCCAUGAGCAUCCAAAGUGAUAUCUCCUUUGACCUCUUUUUGAAUCAGAUGCAUGACUCCAUGUCCUCUUUGGGAUCGGACGUAACCUUUGAGGAUGAUGUUGAGGAAGAUGUCAGCCCUUCUCAACGUCGCCUUUCACAUGCCAACAUUCAAGUUCCUCGCACACCACUUCAGAAGCAACGAUCCGUUCGUCGACCCAACACUUGCGGAGCAGUCGAUCGGCAAAGAUGCUUUGGUAGCAAGCCACGCCCACAACUCGAGACAAGAGGGGACAUUGCCACCAAGUCCCUGAGACAUUUGCUGGAUACAUCAAUGCACAAGGAACAACGUCGAUCCAUGAGAGGCAACUUCAACCUGGAUGGAUCGAACCACAUGGACAAGAGCGUCCACAGCCAGAGUUUGCGAAGGAAGGUUCUCCCUCGCCAGAUGGAACGUCUCUCCAAGAUGGCUGCAUCCUGCGACACGGACACUACUGCAGACUGCAGUAUGCGAUGGGCGGCCACAUCUGUUCGGACCGCUGGUGACCUUGCAGCAGCAGAUGACUCGACGACCGCCCCCAGGGCUCCACAGAGGCAGAACAGUCGCGAAGUGGAGACUGUUGUUCGCAAGAGCCCAGUGCCAACGCCCAAGAAGAGACAGCUACCGCGACGUGUUCGGACUUUGGAUGGCAGCGGACACAGUGCUACUGUUGGAGUUGCUGCCCCCUUUAUGAAGAGGCUGCCACCACGGAAGUCCAGCAACGGCACCGCGGCAACGGCUGCCAGCUCGUUUUGCGGUUCCUUGGCUACUAGUCGAUCAUUCGGCGAGGAACGUGAUGUCGUCGCUCCCCUCAAGUUGCCUGCAUUACUCGCGAAGAAGCCUGAUGUGCUCCGAAAACCAGUCCGACAGGUGAGCACUGGUGAAGCGCCCAAGAUGCCUUCCUUCACAAUGCUCAAGAAGCCUGUAAGGCAGGUCAGCACCGGGCAAUCGCCUGUUGUCCCGAUUCUCGCCUAAGAGGGCUACCUGUACCUGAAAUCACCAGGAUUUCCCAGUAUUAGCAAGCAGUUUCUUUCAUAAACAAAACAAAUACAGUUGCCACCAUAACAAUGCAUUCCAACGUCUUCUUUUAGUUAGCUAGCUAGGCACGAAGCCCUGCAGCCCGCGCCCUGAACU